CAACAAUUAAAACUUAAAAAUCGAACCAAAUCUAACUUUAUAACAAUGAGUAACCCGACAAACCGUUUUAAUAAAUCAUCAUCAUCAUAUUCGCCAGAAAUUGAUGAUAUACCAGACGAUGAAAAAAUGCGUUUAAUAAAAGAGUCUGGUAUAUUUAAAACACUUAAUCAAGUAGAAACAGAACGUCAAGAGCGAAGUUCUGUAGCAGAAGAGGCUGAUGAUCCUUUUGCUCAUGGUCCAAUAUUUAAAGCUUUUAUUUACACUAUACCACUUUGUUCUGUUUAUUCUGUAAUGGAUAUUUUAGUACAUAGACAGUAUAAUGAGGAUGUUUCCUUUUUACCAUUUUCUGUUAGAGUAUUGAAAAUGGCUCCAAUUUUAUGGUUUUUUGUUUAUUAUACAAAUAAAAACGUAAAUAAAACAUGGAUGCAAGCAUUUAUGUUUUUAGGUUCUAUAGCAUCUGGAUCUUACAUGAUUUAUAUUUUUAAUAAAAGUCCUUAUUCUGGUGUAAUGCGUAAAUGUCCCCCUAUUUCAACUUUAUGGAUUUAUUUUGUUCUUCAACUUAAUUUAUUACCUUCCGCUCUCAGUUUGGUUUUUGUUUUUCUAUUCUUUUGGAUUGGUGGUUUUAAAUUAAGUUAAUGUUUAGGUUAAAAAAAAAA